AUGCCGCCGCGGCGCAGCAUCGUGGAGGUGAAAGUGCUGGACGUGCAGAAGCGGCGGGUGCCCAACAAGCAUUAUGUCUACAUCAUCCGCGUCACGUGGUCCAGCGGCUCCACCGAGGCCAUUUACCGGCGCUACAGCAAAUUCUUCGACCUGCAGAUGCAGAUGUUGGACAAGUUUCCCAUGGAAGGAGGGCAGAAGGACCCCAAGCAGCGCAUCAUCCCCUUUCUGCCAGGUAAGAUCCUGUUCCGGAGAAGCCACGUCCGGGAUGUGGCCGUCAAGCGCCUGGUACCCAUUGACGAGUACUGCAAGGCCCUGAUCCAGCUGCCCCCCUACAUCUCUCAGUGUGAUGAGGUGCUGCAGUUCUUUGAGACAAGACCCGAGGACCUGAAUCCCCCCAAAGAGGAGCAUAUUGGAAAAAAGAAAUCUGGGGGAGACCUGACCUCAGUGGACCCCAUGGUCCUGGAGCAGUAUGUGGUGGUGGCCAACUACCAGAAGCAGGAGAGUUCAGAAAUCAGCCUCAGUGUGGGGCAGGUGGUGGACAUCAUCGAGAAGAACGAGUCAGGUUGGUGGUUCGUCAGCACGGCUGAGGAGCAAGGCUGGGUCCCUGCCACCUGCCUGGAGGGGCAGGACGCUGGGCAGGAUGAGUUUUCCCUGCAGCCUGAAGAAGAGGAGAAGUACACGGUCAUCUACCCGUACACAGCCCGCGACCAGGAUGAGAUGAACCUGGAGAGAGGGGCCAUGGUGGAAGUCAUCCAGAAAAACCUGGAGGGCUGGUGGAAGAUCAGGUACCAAGGCAAAGAGGGCUGGGCCCCCGCCUCCUACCUGAAGAAGACCAGCGGGGAGCCCUUGCCCCCGAAGCUGGGCCCCGGCUCGUCUGCCCCCUCGGGCGCCCUCGACCUGGACGGCGUCUCCCGGCAGCAGAGCGCAGUGGCCAGGGAGAAGGAGCUGCUCAACAAUCAGAGGGAAGGCCGCGCAGCACCCGAUGGCGAUGUCCGGCAGAGAUCACCAAAGAUGAGGCAGAGACCCCCUCCUCGCCGGGACAUGACCAUCCCUCGGGGUCUCAACCUGCCCAAGCCGCCCGUCCCACCCCACGUGGAGGAGGAGUACUACACCAUCGCCGAGUUCCAGACCACCAUCCCCGACGGCAUCAGCUUCCAGGCCGGCCUAAAGGUCGAGGUGAUCGAGAAGAAUCUGAGCGGCUGGUGGUACAUUCAGAUCGAAGACAAGGAAGGGUGGGCCCCAGCAACCUUCAUCGACAAGUACAAGAAGACCAGCAAUGCCUCGAGACCCAACUUCCUGGCUCCCCUGCCCCACGAGGUGGCACAGCUCCGGCUGGGGGACGCAGUGGCAGUGGAGAACAACGUGGGCAGCGAAGCCGUGGGCCCCUCCCGGCCCCUGCCUGACACCCCGCAUGGUGCCCUCGACUCUGGGAUGUCCUGGUGCAAAGACUGGAAGGGUGGGAAGGAGGCCCUGAGGAAGGCGUCCGCAGACGCAUCCUCGUCGGCAGGCUACGAGGAGAUCUCAGACCCUGGCCUGGAGGAGAAGCCCAGCCUCCCUCCGCGGAAGGAGUCCAUGAUCAAGUCGGAGGGGGAGCUGCUGGAGAGGGAGCGGCAGAGGCUGGAGCAGCUCCGCGGCGCCUCGCCGAAGCCUCCUGGCAUGAUCCUGCCAAUGAUUCCAGCCAAGCACUCCCCGGCCCGGGACGGCAGGAAGCCAGAGCCCAAACCUGAGAAAAGCAAGUUGUUCCAACUGAAGAAUGACAUGGGGCUGGAGUGUGGCCACAAGGUCUUGGCCAAGGAAGUGAGGAAGCCCAACCUCCGGCCCGUCUCCAAGUCCAAGGCUGAGCCCGAGGAGAAGCCAGAAGCCGUCCCCCAGAAUCCAUUCCUGAAGUCCAAACCUCAGGUCAGGCCCAAACCAGCUCCUUGCCCCAAGACAGAGCCACCUCAGGGCGGAGACCAAGUGGAUAUCUGCAACCUUAGGAGUAAGCUCAGGCCCGCCAAGUCCCAGGAGAAAUCCUCACUGGACGGGGAGAGCGCCCUGGCUACUGGGGGCCAAGACAUGGCCUUCAGCCGAAGCUUCCUUCCAGGUGGGGAGGGACCUGGCCGUGCCCAGGAUAGGCCUGGCAGACAGGAUGGACUCAGCCCAAAGGAGCUGUCCUGCAGAGCCCCCCUGCGGCCAGCCAAGACCACCGAUCCUGGGCCCAAGAAUGUGCCCGUCCCUGUCCAAGAGGCGACUCAGCAGAGACCUGUGGUCCCACCCCGGAGACCACCACCCCCAAAGAAAGGCUCCUCCUCGUCUUCCUCCAGACCCCUCCCAGAGAUCAGAGGGCCACAGCCGGAAGCCAGUGAAAACAGGGCAGCUGCUGCCCCCGGCCGUGCCCUCCUCGUGCCCCCAAAAGCCAAACCUUUCCUCUCCAACUCCUCGGGGGGCAAAGGCGGGCUGGGGCCGCGGGCAGCCGGCAAAGCAGAGGACCACAGAGAGAGGGCAGCUGCGGCCUCCUUGCCCGACAUCGACGGCCUGAAGGACUCUUUGUAUGUGGCCGUGGCCAACUUUGAAGGAGACGAAGAUACAGGCAGCUUUCAGGAGGGGACGGUGUUCGAAGUCCGGGAGAAGAGCAGCAGCGGCUGGUGGCUGUGCCAGGCCCUCAGCGGGGCCCCUUCCUGGGAGGGCUGGAUCCCCUCCAACUACCUCAGGAAGAAGCCCUAGCGCCCUCCCACUGGAGGCCCGCUGCUGCCCGCGGCCUCCCCAUGUAUUUAAUGGCCUCUUAAUUUAUCCGACUCCACAGUUCGGCUUCUCCCCUGGGAGGCUGGAGAGUGAGCGGCUGACCCAGAGCCAGGUCUCCCCCUGUGGUGGCACCCCAAAGGUGCACGCCACAGCCCCCGCUCCAUGGGGGUCCUCGCCAGCACCCUGCCUUAACAGACCUCCUCCUCUUGACCAGUGGCGGUGACCCUCCCAAGCCUCCAGGAUCAGCUCCUGUGACCAGGAGGAGUUCCACGCUGGCUCCCCCAUUGCCUGGACAGGCACAGGACGGGGCAGCCUGCCCGGUCCACCAUGACUUGCUCUGAUUCUCCAUGUUUCUAGAAGCCCAGGCGCUUUGCUCACUGUCUCCCAAAUGCCUGGUGCCGGGAAGAGCCGUGACUGGUAGGCAUCAGCUCUAUUGCCAGUCCCCAGGAAAGUGGCCUCUUCCCCAAGCCCCAGGCCCUCCAACUUCUGAGGCUCCAGCAGAUGCCGCUCCCCCAGGAGGGGCCUGGAGGUCCACCAGCCACCCUGCUCCCGUCUUCUGCCUUGGACCUGAGCAGCGCCACAGGCUGGCCCCGGCCCCAGCACGCUUCACUUCCUGCUGCAGGCUCUGCACCACCUGGGGCUCUUCAAUUCGAACUCCUGUCCCCUGCUGGGGUCACUUCAUGUUUGUCUUCCUAGGACCAGAGGCUCGAGGUUGUCUGAGUAAGGGUCCAUUCACAAGCCACGCCCCUCGUGAGCACCGCCCCCCCCAGUAGCCAACAGGUGCCAAACAUGACGUGGCACUUAGCACUCAUGGUUUAGUGCUCACAGAGACCUCCGUCACCAGGCCCAUUCAUAGAUGAGGAAACUCAAUUCGGCCAAGGAUGUGCUAGCCAGGAAGAGAGGAAAGAGGAUUUCUGACCAGGCUGCCCAAGUUCCCCCACAGGGAAAGGCAAACCAGUCACAUGGAGGGGGCUGCCAGGAGAGGUGGCCCUGUGGCUUCCUUGUGGUGUGAGCAGGGGACACCUGCUCCCCCACCUGAUGUCCCUCUCAGGCCCCUGCAGCAUAUAUAGCAGGCUGCCCGGAGGCUGAGCAGCUGCUGCCCCAGCUUGGGGGUACUGUGGGGUCCUGGUUGGCUAGCACAGACCCUAUUCCCUGCUCCUGUGCUGGUACCCCUGGGGGGAUGAGGCCGAUGGGACAGAGGGAGCUGAGGUGGCCUCUCCCCUGCCAGCCACGAGGGGCUCUGGUGGCUCACAGGCCAGCAGCCAGGUCCCUGCAGAACGAAGCAUGGUGAUUAGGAGCCCAAGAAGGAGGCAGGCACCCAGGGCCAGGCAGAGGCCGCCCGUCCCUCCCUGUCCCUCCUGCCAUGGCUUCCUGCUCUCUCUGGCACACGGAGGAGAUCUCCCUGUGUGUACACCCCAGGAGAACCAGGCAGCCUUCUACGGAUUUGACUGAAGAGGCACCAUUCUGCAGAAGUAGAAUCGGGACCCAGGCUUUCCAGCUCCCAUCCCAGAGAUCUCUUCUGUGUGCCGGCUGCUGGUGUGUGACGAGAGCCCUAGAACCCAGCCCACUGCCCUGCCCUGCCCCAGAGACCUCCGGUGCACAGCGUUCACCUGCUGCCACGUCCCAGUGUCCCUCUGCUAGAGGGAAUGCUUGCAUCUACCUGCCGUGCCAAAGAUCUGUGCAGAGAGCCUUCUUCUGCACCCCAGCCCCGGGCCGCACCCUGGGCUCUGGCCACUUCCACAGGAGUCCCACUCAGUCUACGGUGGCAUGCCAGCCCUGCGUCCUUGGCUCAGCCUGAGCUCUCUCUUGCAGGGCUUGAUUUGUGCCCCGACCUGGAGGAAGGUGGCAGUGCGGGGAACGGGAGGUGGGAGAGGACCACCCCUAUGUGAGCCCUCCGCGUGGGAGGCCCAGCAUGGUUUUCCUGUGGUUUGGACCCUGUUGAUCAACCUGUUUGUGGAGCUGCUUUACAGGGUCUGACUACCUUUCCAAAGACACAGCUGACUGGUUUUCUUUCUGAUUCGCCUCUGGUUUCAGUGACAUUUUCAGGCAUUUUGGAAGCACCUACUGCGUCUCUGACGCUGGGUAGACCAGGGUGUGGGGGCUCCAACGUGGGCUGCGAAGAGCUCCACGCUUUGUCCACUGAAGGAGUAUCAGUGGCCUCACGUCCCUUUCCCCCCACCGGGUCAGCCAGUGGGACCAGACCUGCUCUGCCCUCCUGUGGGUAGGACGUUUUCCUGCAAGUCAAAGAACUUGCCUUUUAGACUAUUCUAGUGCUGACGGGAACUGUGUGGCUGUGGAAGCCCCUUCCUCCAUGGUGGCUGUUCUUUGCUGGGGUCACCUCUGUGGCCUGAGGACUCCUGUAUCUGCUCACUGCUGCAGUGGUGGACAUGCCCCUAGGCAACUAAGCUGUCU